UUACCGGCCGUCGCUGUUAGCAUCCAUGUCGCUUGCGGCAAAGUCUCGAUCCAGGCGGCUCUGCGCCGCCCAUAUAGCCCAGCUGCACCCCGUCCAUAUAUAAGCCUGUGCGCCACCAACAUCGCCUGAAGCCCCCUCGCCCUCCUCCAUCCGCCACCCAUGGGCGCACCACCUGAAGACGACCCGCUUGCCCUCGCGAUUGCGCCGCCGCCAAAUGAGACAGCCGAGCAGCGCGAAGCACGCCUCAACGCCGAAGCAGAAGCACGCAGAAUAAGCGAGAAGAUUGACGAGCAGCUCAGAGUGGACAAGGCCGCACAUCGUAAGCGACGGUCUCAGACCGUCAAGGUGCUUCUCCUGGGUCAGAGCGAGAGCGGCAAGUCGACGACCCUCAAGAACUUCCAGAUAACCUACUCGCCAAACACAUGGGCGGAGGAGCGCAACUCAUGGCGGACGGUCAUCCAGCUCAAUCUCGUCCGGAACAUAAACUCUAUCCUCAACAUGCUCGCCGAGGAGAUGGCCAACACCGCCACAUCCGAUCCCGCCGCUGACGCCGACGCCGAUGCCUCCGAUGACGAUGACGGCGAUGGCGAGGGCGAGGGCGAGCCGUCCGCCGCAGCCACCAGAGCCACCUCGCCUACCGUCCCUCUGCGCUUCACCGACCGGCACGCGCUGCUCAAGCUACGCCUCACGCCGCUGCGCGGGCUCCAACACGACCUCGAAGACACACUUGGGGUCUCGGGCACAGAUGACAUUGAGCAUCCGCUGCAGCGCGCGAGCACGCGCAGCCCGGCGAGGCGAACGUCGCAGGAAGCGUUCAUCCGCUCGCACACGUCGUGGAAGAGCAAGCUGCGCUCGGUGAGCGAGGGCAACCUCGACGGCAUGUCGAAGCGCUAUCGCGAGGCGAAGACGCGGGAGGCGAUGGAGGUCCUCGCGGGGUGCAAGGACGAUAUCAGGGAGGUGUGGGAGGACGAGAUGGUCCAGGAGAUGUUGAGGCAGCGGAAGUUCGUGACCGAGAGCGUGCCCGGCUUCUUCUUGAACGAUGUCGAGCGGAUUGCGGCGAGGGACUACGAGCCUUCGGAUAACGACAUCGUGCGUGCACGGCUACGCACGAUGGGCGUCCAAGAAUACGGCAUAAAAUUCCAGAUCGGACCGGCGGCGGGUACGGAGUGGCUUAUGUACGACGUCGGCGGGUCGCGAACACAGCGCGCCGCAUGGUUCCCGUACUUCGACGACUGCGACGCGAUCAUCUUCCUCGCGCCGAUUUCGUGCUUCGACGAGCGGCUCGCGGAGGACCGCAAGGUGAACCGGCUCGAGGACAGCUACAUGCUCUGGCGCCUCGUCUGCUCGUCCAAGCUCCUCCAGAACACGCAGAUGAUACUCUUCCUGAACAAGUACGACCUGCUCGACCAGAAGCUCAAGCGCGGCGUCAAGGUGAAUGACCACGUCAGGAGCUAUGGCGACAGGCCGAAUGAUGCGGAGACGGCUAGCAAGUAUUUCUCGCAGCAUUUUAGGGAGAUUAUGAAGCGCCAUUCGCCCCAGCCAAGGCAAUUCCGUGUGCAUACGACCUCGGUCAUCGAUACCAAAGCGACCGCCGUCACUCUGGGCAUUGUCGAAGAGGGAAUCCUCCAAGCUCAUCUCCGCUCUGUCGAGCUCAUCUGAUCCACCUAACUGCGCCUAUCCCUCUAGACGUCGACGUUCCGACACUUGCUCCUUACUUCACUACCGCGUAAUCGCGCCUCGCUUGGUGCUUGGGCCGUUGCCAGCGUACUGUACCGCCCUAUUCUUUAUUUUCCGAGCGGCCCGCG